AAUCAGAUGUAAACAAAAGGAAAUUGAAGAAAAUUUUAGAUUUUGACUGAAAAUUGUGCUAAAUAAUUAUCUGUGAUUGGCUGAAAAGAGGCGAAACUAAUGGAUUCUGAUACUUACGACGAUUAUUCCAUUGAAUUUGAUGAGGAUGAUGACAAUUUCGAGCCUGAAAUCGAACAUAAUGACUCUGAUGAAGCGCCAAAGAAGCAAGAAACUACUGAGAAAAGGACAAAAAAGACAUCGACAGAUAACAAAAAGCUCAUUUGUCGGAUUUGUUUGAAGCGUUGCAGUCAACAGUCGAAAGAUUGUUCUGAAUUUGCCGAAAUCUACCUCAAAUGCACGGGAUUUUCCUUCGAAAAAGAUCAAGCGCCCACGAAAUUGUGCUUUCCGUGUAUGAAUGAACUGCUAAAAGUUGAGAAUUUUAUCGAAAAAUGCUCGGAAACGGAAGCAAAGUUGUCAAAAGGACUCGGAACGAAGGCUUUGGAUGACUCAGAUGCCGGCAAUAUUUCAGAAGUGAGUGAUUUUGAUGUCGUUUUUGAAGGAGAAGACGACAGUGAUGGUUCAAAUUUUUCCGAUACCGUUAAACCAUCGCCUGUGAAACGCGGAAGACCUCGAAUUGAACGUCCUCCAAAGCCGCCAGUUGAUCCAAAUGCUCCUCGGGUUGAAAGACGAGGAAGACCUCCAUUAAGCCCGUCGCAUCGGAAGCCAAUUUUGCCAAAAGGACCUCGGGGAAGACCAAAAGGGAGUUUUAAAGUGAAAAAUGACGACGAAGAACCGAAAGUUGCGAAGCCAAAACGACCAAAAACAGAAACGGGCGUAAAACGAGAAGACAAAGAUCCAGAUGAACUUCAAAUUUGCUUCGUUUGUGGCAAGUCAGUGCGACGAAAGCAGCUUCCGCAUCAUUUGUGGAAGCAUCGCAAGGACGAGGAACAGGGAAAAGACGUGAAAUCUGAAGGAGAAAGGCAUACUUGUGAGUUUUGUCAAACGAAUUACAAGACAGAAGACGCGUUAAAGGGGCAUAUGAAGAGAACGCAUCCCGCAGUUAUCUUUGGAAUGCCUUCGAGAGACAGUCCAGAGCCUCCGGAGGAAGAUGAUAACUUUGACAGAGAGUUUCAUGUACCGACGCCGGGCACAAUGAAAGAAUAUCCGCCGAUUCAGUCGCCAUACGAUCAUCAACAAGCGUUGUAUUACUUGCAAAAAGGUGUUAAGAGAUAAGAAAAAUGUAAUUUUUAAAAAUAUUUCACAUUUCAUUUUUUUUUUUUUGUUUAUCAAAAGUCCUCAAAAAUGAUUUUUUUAGAUUUUUUGAUGAAAAAAUGACAAAAACUUGUAAAAAUUGUAUUUUUUGACAGAUUUUGAUCAUAAAAUUUGUAAAUGUCAGUUUAAAAAAUUUCCGUUAAAAUGUA